AAGAGAAAACCAUCCACACGUUUAAGAAACACCAUGCUACUUAUUGUUGUAGCUAUAAAAUGUAUUACAAAUAUUUUGGAGGGAAUCCACCCUUGUAUACGUCAUUUGCCUAAUGACGCACGAGUGGAAUAGUGCCGUCUCAUUUCAAACGAGCGCAAUUCCAUCCACAUUCUCUCCAUUGAGAAGAUUGGCGAGAGAGUGAGGACGGAGGAGAGAGGUCGCAGGAGGUUUCCAAUGCGCCCUCCUGUGACUUGCAGGGAAAGUUUAAAGUCCCCCGGUGAACACACAGGAGGUUGACACCUGGGACAAGUAUCGGAGAGUGAUGUCUAGCUGGUUGAAGGACGGUGAGGUGUUGAUAGGUGAGGGAAGCGGAACUGCAUCCCCAUGCAGCCGCAGACAGCGGAUCUUGUCAACGCCAGGUGGAUGUGGCAGUCUCAGGCCGGGUGGCAAAGGGGUAGGGGUGCGCGGCCAUGGGGGGUCACCUAGCUUCAAGGAAGGGGUGUCCGGGAUGGUGCAGCCAGAGACCAUGGGGAAGGCCAAAGAGCUGUUUGUUCUCUGUGAUAAAGAAGGAAAAGGCUUCAUCACCAAGAGAGAUAUGCAGAGACUGCAGGGGGAGUUACCUCUCUCCCCAGAACAGCUGGAGUCUGUUUUUGAGAGUCUGGACAGAGACAGAAACGGAUUCCUAACUCCUGUCGAGUUUAACAUGGGCCUUGCAGGGGAGUUGAUGGUGGUGGAGGAGAGCACAGAGAAAAGGCAGACAGAGACCGAGGAAAACGAAGAGCUAGGAGAACUCCGAUUUAUUCAGAUACUGACAGAGCUGGGAGCUGACAAACUCUUCAAAGAUCAGUGCGAGCUGGGUACCCUGUGGUGUGCUCUCCAGAGAGACAGACCAGAGCUGCUCUCUAUCCUGGAGGAUGUCCUAGUCCACUCUGUGUCUCAUCUACAAGACUCACUGAGGGAGAGAGACAGUUUGGAACUGGCUCUACGCAGACGGGAGAGUGACCACGACAGGGUUGUUCGGUCCAUAUACGAGGAGAUGGAGAGUCAGAACAGAGAGGAGAGAGAGAAACGACUCGCUCAGGACAGUAUCAGACAGUGGGACAGAAGACAGAAGAUUGCUGAGGAGCUGAAGACGAGGGAGCAGGAACUGGAGACCACCCUGGCCAAGCAGAGAGAGCUGGAGGCUCGUAUCCAGGCGCUGGGCUAUGAGCAGGCAGACAUCAGGGUGCAGAAUCAGAAGCUCCACAGUCUGAACAUACAGCUCCAGGAGCAGCUAGAGACCAGCCGGGAGGAGCUACAGAAAGCCCUGAAACAGUUAAAGUUCCUUCAGUCAAACACUGCCCAGGAGGAGAGGAGCAGAGAGAGGACUGUGCUCAAGGUCUCCAAGAACAUGCAGAAAGAAAAAGACAGUCUGCAGAGGCAGUUGGAGUUACUGAGGGAUAUGAACAAACGUCUGAGAGAUGAGAAAGACACACAUCAGUCCCAGAAGAGGCCUCCUAAUGUCAGGAAGCCUCUGCGGAAGAAAGGCUCAGUGAUAGGGAACUACAUACUGCAAGACAAGCCAAUCGAAAGACAGCUGAGCUCUUUCAGCCAAUCAGAGCUGGAGCUGGCUUCAGACGGGAUACCAUGUAACUCGUCCAAGAGAAGAUUCAGAGAACACAGCUGUGACGAUAAUGGAGGGACUGAAGCAAUACAGGCCAGACUGACCAGCACCCACCCUCAGAGGGUAUUCAAGGUGGUGUUUUUGGGGAACUCGGGAGUGGGCAAAAGCUCCUUCAUCCACCACUACUGCAAUGGACACUUCCCCAACACACUGGGUACUACUGUGGGUGUCGACUUCCAGAUGCGUGCUGUGACACUGGGCUCCACCACCAUCGCUCUUCAGCUCUGGGAUACUGCAGGACAGGAGUGUGUGUGUGUGUGUGUGUGUGUGUGUGUGUGUGUGUGUGUGUGUGUGUGUCAGUGGAGGCUCCUCUGAGGAGUAAGGGGAGGACAAUCUUCCUCAGUGAAUUUCAGAAAAAUGUGAAACAAAAAAGUUAUCUUAUUUAGAUACAACUAUAGUAAAUAUAUUCACCUGACCAAAUAAUUGAUUAAAACCCUGUUUUUGCAAACAAGGUCUACAGUAGCCUCAACAGAACUCUGUAGGGUAGCACCAUGGUGUAGCCGGAGGACAGCUAGCUUCCGUCCUCCUCUGGGUACAUUGACUUCAAUACAAAACCUAGGAGGCUCAUGGUUCUCACCCCGUUCCAUAGACUUACACUGUAAUUAUGACAACUUCCUGGAGGAUGUCCUCCAACCUAUCAGAGAUCUUGCAGCCUGAGCUGACAUGUUGUCCACCCAAUCAAAGGAUCAGAUAAUGAAUCUAGUACUGAAAGCAUAAGCUACAGCUAGCUAGCACUGCAGUGCAUAACAUGUGGUGAGUAGUUGACACAACGAGAGAGAGAGACAAUAGUUGAACAGUUUUGAACAAAUUAAUUUAUUCAAAAAAUAAAAGAGAACGAGAGAGAGAGAGCUAUAUUUCGGUGUGUAUAUCUUUUUCACUUUUACUUACUUAGGUAGCGAAUGCAGCUAGCUAGUUUAGCCUACUCAAACACCUGGCUAAAACAGAGAGGGAUGCUAUGUUAGCUAGCGGGCUAUGGCUAUCCAACAAAGAGGGAUGCUAUGUUAGCUAAUUGGCUCUGGCUAUCAAACAGAGAGGGAUGCUAUGUUAGCUAGCGGGCUAAGGCUAUCAAACAGAGAGGGAUGCUAUGUUAGCUAGCGUGCUAAGGCUAUCAAACAGAGAGGGAUGCUAUGUUAGCUAGCGGGCUAAGGCUAUCAAACCGAGAGGGAUGCUAUGUCGAGUCGCAAUUUAACGGCUCAGACACGAGACGUAUGUGGCAGGGUCUACAGGAAAUCACGGACUACAAAAACAGCCACGUCACUGAUACCGACGUCACUCUUCCAGACAAACUAAACACCUUCUUUGCCCACUUUGAGGAUAGUACAGUGCCACCGUCGCGGCCCGCUAACAAGGACUGCCCCCCCCUCUCCUUCUCCGUGGCUGACGUGAGUAAAACAUUUAAACAUGUUAACUCUCGCAUGUCUGCCGGCCCAGACGGCAUCCCUAGCUGCAUUCCUCAGAGCAUGCGCAGACCAGCUGGCUGGUGUGUUUACGGACAUAUUCAAUCACUCCCUAUCCCAGUCUGUUGUCCCUUCACGAUGGCUACCAUUGUUCCUGUACCCAAGAAGGCAAAGAUAACUGAACUAAAUGGUGUGUGUGCUCAGCCCCCUCCUGUACUCCCUGUUCACCUACGACUGCGUGGCCAUGCACGCCUCCAACUCAAUCAUCAAAUUUGCAGAUGACACAACAGUAGUGGGCUUGAUUACCAACAACGAUGAGACAGCCUACAGGGAGGAGGUGAGGGCCAGGAAAACAACCUCAGACUCAAUGUCAACAAAACAAAGGAGAUGAUUGUGGACUUCAGGAAACAGCAGAGGGAGCAGCCCCCCAUCCACAUCGACGGGACAGUUGUGGAGAAGUUGGAGAGUUUUAAGCUCCUGGGCGUACACAUCACAGACAAACUGAUAUGGUCCACCCACACAGACAGCGUGGUGAAGAAGGCGCAACAGCGUGGCCUGGUAUGGCAGCUGCACCGCCCUCAACCGCAAGGCUCUCAAGAGGGUGGUGCGAUCUGCACAACGCAUUCACCCGGGUCAAACUACCUUCCCUCCAGACACCUACAGCACCCGAUGUCACGGAAAAGCCAAAAAGGACAACAACCACCCGAGCCACUGCCCUUUCACACCACUAUCAUCCAGAAGACGAGGUCAGUACAGGUGCAUCAAAGCUGGGACCGAGAGAUUGAAAAACAGCUUCUAUCUCAAGGCCAUCAGACUGCUAAACAGCCAUCACUAACUCAGAGAGGCUGCUUCCUAAAUUAGAGACCUGAUCACUGGACACUUUAAUAAAUGGAUCACUAGUCACUUUAAACAAUUCCACUUUAAUCAUGUUUACAUAUCUUACAUUACUCAUCUCUUAUGUAUAUACUGCAUUUUAUACCAUCUACUGCACCUUGCCUAUGUCGCUCGGCCGUCGCUAAUCCAUAUACUGAUAUAUGCGUAUUUUCAUUCAUCCCUUUAGAUUUGUGUGUAUCAGGUAGUUGUUGGGGAAUCGUUAGAUUACUUGUUAAAUAUUGCUGCACUGUCGGAACUAGAAGCACAAGCAUUUCGCUACACUCGCAUCUGCUAACCAUGUGUAUGUGACCAAUAAAAUGUGAUUUUAUUUGUUAGCUAGCUGGCUCUGACUAUCCUACACUGGAACUCUUCCAAGUCAAGGUAAGGUUUUGGUUUUAUUAAUUUAUUGCCAGUGUAACUGCUAAAGUGCUUACUGACUGUACUGCAUGAUUGUAGCGGGUUUACCAAUGCGGUAGUUCUAUUAUCCAUGGUGACGAUGACGUAGGCUGUGUGUAGCGGUUAUGAUAUGAAGGUUUUGACACCUGGCCACAGACAGCUGAUGCGUUUGUGCAUUGAAGUCCACAAGCGAAGGGGAAAAAGGUGAGAGGAGGGGAGCGCGUAGAUGCGAGAAGUAAUUAUAUAAUGAUUAAAGGGAUCAUGCUGUUUGUAUGUGGCUGCUAUGAAAAUGAACUGUGUUUGCGUGUGAUCAGGGGGUGUAUUCAUUCCGCCGAUUCUGUUGAAAAACAUUUCUCAAAUGGAACAAAACGGGGAUAAACAUACCUGAAUUUGUCCAAUAGAAACGCUCGUUUGCAACUGUUGGACUAAUGAUUACACCCUAGAUCAGCUAGAUGCAGGUAAGAGUGUCCACGUUGGUAUUGAGUGUGUCACUGUCUGUCACCUUGAUUACUAAUAUGUCUGUCGGCCUGUGUGCACCUACGUUGUAAACUUUAAUUCAUAGGCUAGGUUGUAGCAACCUCAUGAUGGGUACAGGGAAAAUGUAAGUAUCAUGUAGUAGCCUAAACCUAUCACUGUUACAUUGACCUGUGUGAAUGGAAUAUGAAUGAGAGUCAUCCAAUAUGCUCUAAUACAAAUAAUGCUUAUGAAAUAUACUAAUCCUCCCUCAUCUUAAA